AUGACAUCUCCACUAUCGAUUUAUGAUAGUGAACAAUAUUUGUUUGAAAUAGCCCAAAAUUUUAUUCGUUCUCGUGUUGUAUUUACUGCAUCAGACUUGAAAAUUUUUGAUUUACUUUUAUCAUGCAAUGAUGGUUUAUCAUGUUCAGAUAUCGCUAAAAAUUUAAAUUUACAUUAUGUCGAGAAUCAAUCACGAUGCCUUCAAGAUGUUCUUGAUUGUUUAACUUCGAUGAAUCUCUUGGAACGUUGCAAUGGAAAUCUAUGUUAUAAAUUAACAAAUUUUGCGAGAAAUUUUCUUCUUCCUAAUCGUGAAGUUUUAUUAAAUAUUGAUGAAAAUUUUUAUAAAAUUAUGCCCAAAUUUGAUAGUAUGUUUCUAAAGAAUUCUUCAAAAGAAUCAAUUCAUGCAAUAAUGUUAUUACGUAUAAAACAAUUAGUUGAUCUCACAAAUUAUUCAAAUAUCUCAUUUGAUACAAUUAAUAAAAAUUCAGAUAUGAUCGUCCUUUGGCGACAAGAUGGGUUGUUAAAAGAUAAAAUAAAACAAGCAUAUCAUGCAUUGCCAACACACGGAAAAGGUGUUUUGAUUUUAAUUUUUCCGGAUGAUGAAGUGACAUUAGCAUUUAAUCUUUUUAACAAUAUGAUGACAAAAGUUGAAGAACAAGAAAAUCCGAAAGAGUUGUAUUCGAAAAAAUUUCUUCGACAAAUUGGAUUUCGAUCUGUGGAAAAGAAACAAUCUGAGAAUGAUUUACAAAUUCUGAUUGCUUAUAAAUAA